AUGAAGGAACCCACUUUGUUCGACAAGUUCUACAAAGAGUUCGGGAGAAACAUGGUUUUGGGCUGCUACGAAGAUGAAGACAACCGCAGCAAAGUGGCGAAGCUGCUGCGCUUCAGCAGCAGCAAGCUGCAGCAGCAGCAGCAGCAGCAGCAGCAGCUGCCGCACCAGCAGCAGAUCUCCCUCGAGGAGUACGUCGCCCGCAUGCAGCCCGGGCAGCAGGCCAUUUAUUAUGCUGCAGGAGAAGACCCGCAGCAGCUUCUCAAACUUCCUCAAAUGCAGCACUUUUUGAAAAAAGAUGUUGAAGUCCUUUUCCUCCUCGAGGCCAUGGACGAACCUUGCAUCCAGAGACUCAUGGAGUUCGACGGGAAGAAGUUCGAGUCCGUGCAGAAGGGAGAAGUGCAUUUGGAGGAAACAGCGGCGGAGCGUGCGCGGCUGUCUGCGCAGGAGAAGUUCUUCAAACCCUUAAAAGUGUUUUUCAAAAGGGUUUUAGGGUCUAGGGUUUCGCAAGUGAGGGUUUCGGGGCGUUUGUUGGGGGCCCCCUGCGCAGUUGCUGCUUCACAGUGGGGCUAUUCUGCACAAAUGGAAAAAGUGAUGAAGACCCAAACCUUUGCAGACCCUCUUCAUUUGAAAAUGAUGAAGGGCCAGAAGGUCUUCGAAAUAAACCCCAACCACCGCAUCAUGCAGCAGCUGCUGGCGCGCCAGCAGCAGCAGCAGCAGCAGCAGGAGGGGGAGCAGCAGCAGCAGCUGCAGCAGCAGCAGCGGGAGGAUGAGCAGCUCGCUGAGAAGCUCUUCGAAGCUGCGCUCCUCGCCUCGGGCUUCGAUGUGGAUAAGCCGGAUGAGCUGGCGGAUUUGCUGUACAAAAGUUUUGCUGCUGAACUUGGAGUCGAUCCCAACGAUCCCAUCAACGAGAACUUCGAGAUCCCAGAGGACCCCGAGCCCGACAGCAGCAGCAGCAGCAGCAGCAGCAGCGAGGAGGGGGGCGCAGCAGACGACCUGCUCUCCAGCUUCGACUUCGGGGAGAACGUCAAGGACGAGCUCUAG